GCUGGGACCCAGGGAGAGGUGCGACCGGGUCGGGAAACUGAGGCUCGGGGUGGGCCCCGCGGAAGCCGCCGCCUCUCCGAUCCGGAGCAGAAGAUGUCGGACAGCGAGGACAGUAACUUCUCCGAGGAGGAGGAGAGCGAGCGCAGCAGCGACGCCGAGGAGGCCGAGGUAGAGGAGGAGCGGCGGAGUGCGGCAGGCAGCGAGAAGGAGGAAGAGCCCGAAGAGGAGGAGGAGGAGGAGGAGUACGAUGAGGAAGAGGAGGAGGAAGAUGAUGACCGGCCCCCCAAGAAGCCCCGUCAUGGAGGCUUCAUUCUGGAUGAAGCUGAUGUGGACGAUGAGUAUGAGGACGAGGACCAGUGGGAAGACGGCGCAGAAGACAUUCUGGAGAAAGAAGAGAUCGAAGCCUCCAAUAUCGACAAUGUUGUCCUGGAUGAAGACCGCUCCGGGGCUCGCCGCCUGCAGAACCUCUGGAGGGACCAGCGGGAAGAAGAGCUGGGCGAGUACUACAUGAAGAAAUACGCCAAGUCCUCUGUGGGAGAGACUGUCUACGGCGGGUCUGACGAGCUCUCCGAUGACAUCACUCAGCAGCAGCUGCUCCCAGGAGUCAAGGACCCCAACCUCUGGACCGUCAAGUGUAAGAUCGGGGAGGAACGGGCCACAGCCAUUUCCUUGAUGCGCAAGUUCAUUGCCUACCAGUUCACAGAUACGCCCCUGCAGAUCAAGUCGGUGGUGGCCCCAGAGCACGUGAAGGGCUACAUCUACGUGGAGGCCUAUAAGCAGACCCACGUGAAGCAGGCCAUCGAGGGCGUGGGCAACCUGCGGCUCGGCUACUGGAACCAGCAGAUGGUGCCCAUCAAAGAGAUGACCGAUGUCCUCAAGGUGGUCAAGGAGGUGGCCAACCUGAAGCCGAAGUCCUGGGUCCGCCUCAAGCGGGGCAUCUACAAGGAUGAUAUCGCUCAGGUGGAUUACGUGGAGCCCAGCCAGAACACCAUCUCCCUGAAGAUGAUCCCCAGGCUGGACUAUGAUCGCAUCAAGGCCCACAUGAGUGUGAAAGACUGGCUAGCCAAAAGGAAGUUUAAGCGACCACCGCAGAGGCUGUUUGAUGCCGAGAAGAUCAGGUCCCUGGGGGGCGAUGUCGCCUCUGAUGGUGACUUCCUCAUCUUCGAGGGGAACCGCUACAGCCGGAAGGGCUUUCUCUUCAAGAGCUUUGCCAUCUCUGCUGUGAUCACCGAGGGUGUGAAGCCCACGCUCUCGGAGCUGGAGAAGUUUGAGGACCAGCCAGAGGGCAUCGACUUGGAGGUGGUGACAGAGAGCACAGGGAAGGAGCGGGAGCACAACUUCCAGCCGGGCGACAACGUGGAGGUGUGUGAGGGCGAGCUCAUCAACCUGCAGGGCAGGAUCCUCAGCGUGGACGGCAACAAGAUCACCAUCAUGCCCAAGCACGAGGACCUCAAGGAUAUGCUCGAGUUCCCCGCUCAGGAGCUCCGGAAGUACUUCAAGAUGGGGGACCACGUGAAGGUGAUUGCCGGCCGCUUCGAGGGCGACACAGGCCUCAUCGUGCGGGUGGAGGACAACUUUGUCAUUCUCUUCUCAGACCUUACCAUGCACGAGCUGAAGGUGCUCCCAAGGGACCUGCAGCUGUGCUCUGAGACGGCCUCGGGCGUGGACGUGGGCGGGCAGCACGAGUGGGGCGAGCUGGUGCAGCUGGAGCCGCAGACGGUGGGCGUCAUCGUGCGGCUGGAGCGCGAGACCUUCCAGGUGCUGAACAUGCACGGAAAGGUGGUGACCGUCAGGCACCAGUCUGUGACCCGGAAGAAGGACAACCGCUUUGCAGCAGCCCUGGACUCGGAACAAAACAACAUCCAUGUGAAAGACAUUGUCAAGGUCAUCGACGGCCCUCACUCGGGCCGGGAGGGCGAGAUUCGCAUUCUGUUCCGGAGCUUCGCCUUCCUGCACUGCAAGAAGCUCGUGGAGAACGGGGGCAUGUUCGUCUGCAAGACCCGCCACCUGGUGCUGGCAGGGGGCUCGAAGCCCCGUGACAUGCAUAACUUCACCAUGGGUGGCUUCACCCCGAUGAGCCCCCGGAUCAGCAGUCCCAUGCACCCCAGCGUUGGAGGUCUGAGUGGUGGCUUUGGUGCCCCGGGCGGUGGCAUGGGCUUUGGCCGCGGCCGAAGAGAAAACGACCUGAUUGGCCAGACUGUGCGCAUCUCUCAAGGGCCCUACAAAGGCUACAUUGGCAUGGUCAAGGACGCCACCGAGUCUACGGCCCGUGUGGAGCUGCACUCCACCUGCCAGACCAUCUCUGUGGACCGCCAGCGGCUCACCACUGUGGACUCGCAGCGCUCUGGCAGCAUGACCUCCGACAGUGGACGGACCCCCAUGUACGGCUCCCAGACACCCAUGUAUGGCCCUGGCUCCCGCACGCCCAUGUAUGGCUCCCAGACGCCUCUCCAGGACGGAAGCCGCACCCCACAUUACGGCUCGCAGACGCCCCUGCAUGACGGCAGUCGCACACCAGCCCAGAGUGGUGCCUGGGACCCGAACAAUCCUAAUACGCCAUCCCGGGCUGAGGAGGAGUACGAGUACGUCUUCGACGAGGAGCCCACCCCAUCACCCCAAGCUUACGGAGGAACCCCUAACCCCCAAACGCCUGGCUAUCCCGACCCCUCAUCCCCACAGGUCAACCCACAGUACAACCCACAGACGCCAGGAACACCAGCCAUGUACAACACAGACCAGUUCUCCCCCUACGCUGCCCCUUCCCCACAAGGCUCCUACCAGCCCAGCCCCAGUCCCCAGAGCUACCACCAGGUGGCACCAAGCCCAGCCGGCUACCAGAACACCCACUCGCCGGCCAGUUACCACCCCACGCCAUCACCCAUGGCGUAUCAGGCCAGUCCCAGCCCCAGCCCUGUUGGUUACAGUCCAAUGACCCCCGGAGCUCCCUCCCCGGGUGGCUACAACCCACACACGCCAGGGUCCGGCAUUGAGCAGAACUCCAGCGACUGGGUGACCAUUGACAUCCAGGUGAAGGUGCGGGACACCUACCUGGACACGCAGGUGGUAGGGCAGACAGGCGUCAUCCGCAGCGUCACGGGAGGCAUGUGUUCUGUGUACCUGAAGGACAGCGAGAAGGUCGUCAGCAUCUCUAGUGAACACCUGGAGCCCAUUACCCCGACCAAGAACAACAAGGUGAAGGUCAUCCUGGGUGAGGACCGGGAAGCCACCGGGGUCCUGCUGAGCAUCGAUGGCGAGGAUGGCAUUGUCCGGAUGGAUCUGGAUGAUCAGCUCAAGAUCCUCAACCUCCGCUUCCUGGGGAAGCUCCUGGAAGCCUGAGGCCAGUGGCGGGGCCUCUUGGAUUGCUGGUGGGAGUUUGUGUCCCGCCCGCCUUCCCUGGGCUGGAGAUCUGGGCCAGGAGCCAGGCAAGAAGGGUGUCAGAAUGCCCUUUGUUUUCCUUUCUGGGCUCUAUCUCCUCCCUUCUUGAUGUUGAAAGGCUCAGAGUAGCCUCUGGGGGCGGUUUUCAACUUUUUGCACCACCCUCCCAAGCUCCUCUUCUCUGUUACGAUCUUUCAAUAAAAACAAUCUGUUUGGUCAGAA